UACCUGGGCCUCAUCUUUUCCUUCCGUUCGAUAAUUUGGAGGAGUCUAGCUCUCGAGCAUGGCGUACGUUGAGAAAGGAGUCGUGAAGCCCAAAAGAACAGUAUGGCGUUUGAGUAUUAUAACCGAUUUCUUCUGGGCCAUUUUUAACUUCAUCGGAGUGUUCUUCACGACCAUGUUUUCUAUGGAAAAAAGCAACGAGUACAAGAAGGGUUUAGGUGCAGGGAAGAAAUGGGAUGGUGGACCUGGCGGAGGCGGCCCGGGAGGUGGACCUGGUAGAGGCCCAUAUGGUGGCGGGCCUCGUGGGCCUCGGACAAUGGCCGAUCUCCGAGCCAACGACCAUAGUUCUCUACCUGCGUGUGGUUCCUGCUGCGGUUAAGAUUGUUGGUUUUAAGAAAUAAAAGUGUCUUUUAGUGAAAUCAUGUUGUUAGGGAUUAUAUGAAAUUGUCUUUAUGUUGAUGAUAUACAAUUAAUGUGCACACAAAAUAGUCUUGUAUCAAGUAAAAUGAUUAUGGCCUCCGUGUAUGAAUCUCAUGAAAUUGAAAUAUAACUAUGAUUAAGAGCCAGUUUGAGAUAA